GCCAUCGGAAAGUUAUGUGYGCUGCUGACUUCGAGGAGGCAUCCCUGUGACUAGUAAGAAUUUCCAACUCUUCCUUACGGAUGCACUCUGGAGUACAAGGGACGCUAUAUUCAACUCGGACGGAGUAACAUUGUUUAUUUUCUGCUGCUUAUGUUACAGUUUAAUCAAGAAUCUAUAUAUUUUUUCUGCGCUAUGUUAAUUGUUUGACAUCCAGAGAGAGUGCGAAGAAGUCGGCUGUCACUCCACGUCAGCGAACCGGAUUCCUCAGGUUGAGAGCUGCAUGUCCACUCCCGGGUGAAUGCCGAUACAUCAUCGGUGCUACUAUGGGCUGCGGCAAGGUGCUUUGGGCGGUUGUGGGGGCGGCUGUCGUCAUCACUUUAAUAACUGUCCCCAUGGCAAUAUAUCUGAAUAGAGAGGACGGAGGCUCCAAGAGGCCUUUUACCCUGGCAGAUUAUUUCAAUGACACAAUUAGGUAUAAAAUAUAUAAUUUGCGGUGGAUAUCAGAUAACGAAUACGUGCAUAAAACGAGACAAGGCAACAUUAUGCUUCACAAUGCUGAAACAGGGGAUUUCUUUGAAUAUAUAAGCAACAACACAUUUGAACAAGUGUAUGCCACAGACUAUAUUAUUUCUGCUGAUCGGAAAUACAUCUGCUUUGAGAGCAACUACUCCAAGCAAUGGAGACAUUCAUUCACAGCCUCUUACUCCAURUAUGAUUAUGACAGUUCAACAUUUCUCAAGUCUGUGAACAUUCCACAAGUUGUGCAAUACUUUGCCUGGGCACCAACAGGAAACAAACUGGCUUACGUCUGGAAUUACAACAUUUAUUUGAAACCCAACGCCACUGCUGAAGCCAUACAAGUGACCCAUAAUGGAAAAGAGAAUCAGAUUCUUAACGGUGCCCCUGACUGGGUAUAUGAGGAGGAGGUUUUCUCAUCGAACGAGGCAAUAUGGUGGUCACCAACUGGAAAGUAUCUGGCUUAUGCUGAGUUUAAUGACACAGAGGUCCACACGAUCGAGUACUCUUUGUAUGGAAAUGGACAAUACCCCAGUACAGUGGUUGUCCCAUACCCCAAGGCUGGCUCAACUAAUCCUAAGGCAAAGCUGUUUGUAGUGGACACAAUAAAUCCAUCAAGACGGACACAGGUGGUGGUGCCAGAUUCCAUUGGUGCAGGUGAUCACUAUUUGAGUUCAGUCACUUGGGUGACGGAUGAGCGCAUCGCUGUUCAGUGGACCAAGAGGAAGCAGAACCAUGUCCUUUUACAGAUCUAUGACUUUGACGGAAACAACUGGAAUGAGAACCAGAAAUAUGAACAAAUUAGCAAGACGGGUUGGGUUGGCCAAUAUGUUCCUCUCCAACCUAUGUUUGCAGAGGAUCAUAUCAGUUUCUACAAAGUGAUGAGUGACACGUACGGUUAUAAGCACCUUCACCAUGUGAAYGAUGGCAAGGCAACACCCAUUACCUCAGGCAAGUGGGAGGUCAUCUACAUUUCAAAACUCACCAAAGACGCUAUAUACUAUGUAAGUAAUGAGUACCAAGGAAAGCCUGGACAGAGAAAUCUAUACAAGGUUAUGAUCYGAAGGAGCCCCUCGGCUCCCCAGUGCCUCACCUGUGGCCUGUAUAAGGACAGGUGUCAGUACAACUCAGCCUACUUCAGCUACGAUGCCUCCUACUACCGCAUGGACUGCUAUGAGCUCCUGGUUCUUCGUGACAACAAAGAUCUUGAAGAAAUGCUAAAAGAAUUCCAAAUGCCAACCAUGCAGCGUGGGACCCUGAGGGUAGCAGGAUUUGAUCUAUGGUAUCAGAUGAUGUUACCCCCCAAUUUCCAAAAGAACAAAAAGUACCCUCUUCUAAUUGAUGUAUAUGGAGGCCCCUGUAGUCAGAAGGCAGAUUAUCGCUACAGACUAAACUGGGGUUCGUACCUCUCCAGUACAGAGGGGAUCAUAGUGGCCAGUUUCGAUGGAAGGGGAAGCGGUUACCAAGGUGACAAAAUAAUGCACUCUAUCUACCAACGUCUUGGAACAUUUGAAGUGGAAGAUCAAAUAACGGCCACAAGAAAAUUUAUUGACAUGGGCUUUAUAGACAAAGAACGAAUAGCCAUAUGGGGUUGGUCAUAUGGUGGCUAUGUCACGUCAAUGGCUUUGGGUGCUGGAAGUGGAGUUUUCAAGUGUGGAAUUGCAGUUGCCCCAGUAGCUAAGUGGGAAUAUUAUGACUCGGUGUAUACUGAACGCUAUAUGAGUAAACCGGAGGAGAAUGCUGACUCUUACAAGAAUUCCACAGUAACAAGUAGAGCAAAGAAUUUCAAAUCAGUGAACUAUCUCCUGGUUCAUGGGACAGCUGAUGACAAUGUUCACUUCCAGCAAUCUGCACAGAUCUCCAAAGCCCUGGUUGUCCAGCAAGUUGACUUUGAGGCGAUGUGGUACACUGACAGGGAUCACGGACUUGGAGGACCUGCCUACCAUCACCUCUACACCCACAUGAGUCAAUUCUUACAGAAAUGUCUUGUCAAACCCAAGUUGAUCUAAUAACCCCUGACUAAGUUCGAUGCCUUUUCAUUGUAUCAGUACGGCAGCAUUUAUAUAGUAUAUUGCUACAAUAAAAAUGUUGACCGCUUUUCUUUAUUGYUGAUAUUCUGGACAGAGGAUUCCAUGCUAUUGAAGUCUGUAUUUUUAAAAAUAAGUUAUAUACUGUAAUUAAUAUGUUGUUGCUUGUAAUGACUAUUUGUGUUUGAUAUGAAAUGAUUGUGCUGAUCAUAGACAAAAAUGUGACCAUUGAAUUCACCACRAUGUACUCAAAGCCAUUGCAUGUUYGUAUAAUGGUAUUUCAUAUCAAUGACUUCAGUAAUAUUGGUUAAAWUUGUUACUGCACUGAAUUUGUUGUGUAAUGUUCAAAUCUUGUUUGUAUUUUACAUUGUAUGUCAGAUGUAAUUGCAUGUGGAAUUUAAAUAUGGUUAUAGCCAUUUUCUCGUUUGAAAAUGUUGACAAAGACUGUUAAUUGUCCUUACAUGUGUUCAAAAGGAACACAUCUUAGCGAGAGAUAUAUUGACAAACAUAUAUUGACAGACAUUUUGGAAUUCAUUAUCUUUCUAGCAUGUUUGAUACACUUCUGUAUCCUGUUUAUUCGGUAGAAAAAAGGGAAAAUAUGUAUAUGUAUGCUUAUUAGAAAUUUGUGAAAAGAUCUUAUGGUAUAUGAUUGUUCACUCUGGACAUCUUAUUGAUACAGACUGUGUGUUUUGCAUAUUAUCAUAAGAGUAUUGAACAAAUAAAAAAC